AUGACCACAGAACCUCUUUCUGUAUUGGACUGGGGGGAGAGCUGGGAGGAGAGCCGGAAGGAGAGCAGGGGGGAGAGCUGGGAGGAGAGCCGGAAGGAGAGCAGGGAGGAGAGCUGGGAAGUGGAAGGAGAGCCGAGAAGAGAGUCGGGAGGAGAGCCGGGAGGAGAGCCGGGCUUGCGAGCCGGGAGGAGAGCCAGGAAGAGAGCUGGGAGGAGAGCCGGGUUUGUGAGCUGGGAGAAGAGCCGGGAGGAGAGAUGGGAGGAGAGCCAGGAGGAGAGCCGGGAAGAGAGCCGGGAAGAGAGCCGGGAGGUGGAAGGAGAGCCGAGAAGAGAGUCGGGAAGAGAGCCGGGAAGAGAGCCGGGAGGUGGAAGGAGAGCCGAGAAGAGAGUCGGGAGGAGAGCUGGGGAGGAGAACCAGGGAAGAGAGCCGGGAAGAGAGCCUGGGAAGAGAGCCGGGAAGAGAGCCUGGGAAGAGAGCCGGGAGGAGAGCCGGGAGGAGUGCCGGGAAGAGAGCCGGGAGAAGAGCCGGGAGGAGAGCCAGGGAGGAGAACCGGGGAGUGGAUCCGGGAGGAGAACCGGGGAGGGGGUCCAGGAGGAGAGCCGGGAGGAGAUUCGGGGAGUUAUUACCACCAAAAAAGUCAAGAGUUGA